AUGCCCUUGAUUGUUCUUACAGCAUGGAGUUUAAGACACCUCAUGUAUCGUCUUAUUCCAAAGUCGGGGAUUGAGUUCCACCGAAAAGUCCUCGAGACCGUGAUCAAAGCUCCCUUAUCUGUCCUGGAGCGAGAUUACGAUGGCAGCAUUAUCAAUAGGUUCAAUCAAGACAUGAUGCUCAUAGAUAUGCAACUGCCACUAGACCUGUCUAAUACGACAGCAGAGCUUUUCACAUCGAUUAUGCAGACUGUCUUGAUUUCGAUCUCCUCGGUCUACAUGGUGGCAGUGAUUUUUUUCACAUUCAUCGCUCUAUUUUGCAUCCAAAAAUUCUAUGUUCGAACGUCUAAGCAACUCCGACACCUCAAACUUGAAGCAAAAGCACCCUUCCAUGCGCAGUUCCUGUCUACCUGCUCUGGCCUCUCCACUAUUCGAGCCUUUGGCUGGCAAGAGGAAUCUAUACGCCAGUUUUCUCAAUACCUUGAUAAUUCACAGAAACCUCUCUAUCUACUGUACAGUGCGAAAAGGUGGUUACAGCUCGUCCUCAACCUUCAAACAACAGCAAUGAUUAUAGUUGUUGUAGGUGCGGCCAUUGGACUUCGCGCAAAGGCCAAUGUGGCCGCUAUGGGUGUAGCCUUUUCCAAUAUAUCGACUGUAACUGAGACACUGACGAACUUGAUUGUUUCUUGGACAUCGUUCGAAACUUCGCUUGGAGCUGUGGAACGAUCGCUUUCGUUCUGCGAGAGUACAACCGUCGAGAACGAUGAAUGCGACCAACAUAACAAUACUGCAUACAUCAUUGACGGACAAACACUGCUCUCCACGACGGAGAAGAAUUUUGCAACUUGUGGGCGGUGUAUCAUGAUCAACCAGGAAACCAAACCUCCGUCCUUCGCGAUAUCAACUUCUUGUCUAUUCCUCUAG